AUGAGAUCAAGAUUCCAGUCUCCAGUUGAAGAUAGAAAUAACCAUUUGGAAGUUAUUAACGUGGUCUGUGUCUCGACCACAAACAGGAACUUCCCUGGUCGCAUGGGCCACAAAGAAGGCCAGAUUUAUCUGGCCUCUCCAUACACAGCUGCAGCAUCAGCUUUGACUGGUUUCGUCACUGAUCCUAGAGAGUUUUUGCAGUAAGGCCAUUGAUCUUCAUGUGCCGUGACUACUCAGUACCGUUGUGUAAACACCAACUGCUCGGACUCGAAUUGUGGCAUUGGAGCUAGUAUCAGGUUCUGUUAGUCUACACCCCAACUUUCCUUGUAUGUUGUGAUCUAGAAAGUAUCUACUUCAUUGGUUUUGUGAGAGAUGUAAUUUUACAAAGAAACGUAGAUAGAACAUUAGUAAAUGGUUAUGCUGUAACAGUGAGAUGACGAUGCAUAUGUAAAACUUACCCUUCUUGGUUUAUUUACUUACAUAUGGAUGAAGAGAGACUACAUCUAGUAUUUA